UUUAUAAAGAAGGUUCUCACAACCACCGAACAAAGAUCGAGAGGCUGUUCUAACAAGUACCACUAGUAGCCUCUCUAAUAGUAAAGCACGAGAACGACGGCAAUCAAGAUGGGAGACAGUAACGAAGAAGCCUUGGCAGAUGUGCGUGUGCUAUUGGAACAGAACGUUCAGGAAGAGGUUCAGGAAAACAACGAAGUGGAGGAGGAGGAUACUAGCAGUGAAGAAGAGGGUGACGAUGACAGCAGCGAUUUUCCCCUUGUGGGAGCCCCAGGUCAGUAUUGGUAUGAAGAUCGCAUGAAGCUGACAGAACAAGAACGACGGUGGGCUCUGGCCAUCAAGCAGGCUGUGGCAGAGGAGGGAGAUCUGAAGCCACUCAGUGACUUUUGGUAUUGCCAAUUUGGCAUCAUUGACCGAGACAACGUGGAACGAUCCCUGGAUAGGAUACGGACCAUGCAGGCAUUCCGUGAGGAAUACGAUUUUGUGGAUACAUGGGAGGCAGGAGUAGAGUUUGUUCGAGAGCUGGUCUUUGUCAUGCCUCGAUUCUGGUUGGCUCUCAACUACAAUCCACGCGAUGGUAAUUACAUCUUGGCACUGGAUGUAGCCCGCUUUUAUGCCAAGAUCCUUCAGGCACGACCGGAACUCGUACGCAUCUGGAUUGUAGCUACUUACGCUGUAGCUCAUGCCCUGAGUCCUGAUUUCAAGGCCAUUCGAAAGGGUAGCAUCCUGCUCAUGGAAAAUCAAGGUUACGAUUUGAAAACCAAUUUUGGAUUCAGUUACAUGAAGAAAGUCUACUCAGAAGUUGCAGGCGUAUACCCCUUCAAAUAUGACCAAGUCAAGAAUUUCAACACGGGAGUCCUAUUCAAUAUCAUACUUUCCAUGCUACGGGCAUUCAUGCCCAAGGAACAUUCCCGAAAACUCCAACGGGGAUGCCGCACAGCCGACGGUGUUGAACGGCUGGAUGAAUUCUACUUGAGUUCGGGUCUACAAGUUGCCAAUGAAAAGUUUAUACAAUCGGUCAAGGCAUCGUUGCAGUGGCGGUUCUACUGCCAAUCCAAAUUCUCACUGGAGCAGGACAAUGACGGUGAUUAGUAGAAGAGAUCUGAGACAAUCGUCAGGGAUCUUUUUGCACUCCUGCAAGUCCAACACGUUUCAGCUGAAGAUCUCGCGAUGCUGUGACACCGGCUGCUCCUUCCUGCUUUCUGUUGUUUCUACAGUGGAAUGAAAACAAUCAACCGAAGGUAUCAAUAACACAAUUGUCGCGGUUUUUGCUAUGGGGUCGAGUCAGUGGCUUGGGGGCAGGCAUGAAAAGCAGACGCUAAGCUCUGUGCUCUGUGCUCUGUGCUAUUCUUGCUAAAAGGUUACCCUGAUGACUAAGAACCUUCAGCUAGCAUUGAGGAUCUGUGGGGACAGGUACUAGUUUGGUUUGCUGCAAGCAUACACCGCAGACAGACAGCAGCCACCUUGCUGCCCACAUGAUUUUGUACUAGAAGCAAUAACUGUUAGGCCUCCUCACUAUUCACUC